AUGGCAAAGGGUGAUAAAGAAUUAGAAAAACCUAUAGUGAAUAAUGAAUUACCGAACCCGGAGUGUAGAAGUGCAGAUCAUGAAGACUCUGAAUCGGCGCAAGAACAGCCUUUAGACAUUGGAGAGCAUUAUUUAGUGCGGCGUUCGGAUGAGUCAUGGCACCCGGCGGAGAUAAUACAAACGCGGUAUAAUGCUGCUGAAUCCUGUUACGAGUACUAUGUACACUAUGUGGGUUACGAUCGUCGAUUGGACGAGUGGGUUUCCCGCCACCGGGUUAUGUCCGAUAGGUUUGACGUGUGCGAACAGUCCAAUAACAACAUAAAUUCAGACCAUCUUCUUACUGACAAAUCUGGGCGCAAAAUAACACGCAAUCAGAAACGUAAACAUGACGAGAUUAAUCAUGUACAGAAGUCGUACGCCGAGAUGGACCCCACGACCGCUGCUUUGGAGAAGGAACACGAAGCUAUAACAAAAGUUAAAUAUAUUGAUCGGAUUCAGAUUGGUAAAUACGAAAUCGACACUUGGUACUUCAGCCCAUAUCCCGAUGAGUAUGGUAAACAGUCGAAGCUGUGGAUAUGCGAAUAUUGCCUUAAAUACAUGAGGAUGGAGAAGACUUACAGGUACCACUUAAGCGAAUGCACAGCACGCCAACCACAAGGUAGUGAGAUAUACAGAAAGGGUACAAUAGCGAUCUUUGAAGCAGAUGGAAAGGAGCAUAAAAUUUAUUGUCAAAAUCUGUGCUUGCUGGCUAAAUUGUUUCUCGAUCACAAAACAUUAUACUUCGACAUUGAACAGUUUCUUUUCUAUAUACUGUGUGAAGUUGAUAAACAUGGAGCCCACCUUGUCGGCUACUUCUCAAAGGAAAAAGAUUCACCAGAAGGAAAUAAUGUGGCCUGCAUACUUACAUUACCACCAUACCAAAGACAGGGCUAUGGCAAGCUGUUAAUUGCAUUCAGUUAUGAGCUAUCAAGGUUGGAACAGGUUGUUGGCAGUCCCGAAAAACCACUAUCAGACUUAGAACAGUUGGCCAGUUCCCAUUUCAAGAAGCCCCGUUUAUCAGUUGACCCUUCGGCUUUGAGGUGGAUCCCACCAAACAAACAAGGAAACUCCACUAAGGCCAAGAAG